GGCCGGGCAAAAGGUGUUGCCGGUUGACGGUGUGUUCUGCUUUCCUUGUGUGCGACAGACCUUUCUUUUCAAUCUAUAGUCGGUUGCACAGAUACAUGCCGUUGGGGAAAAAAACGCAUGCAGAUCCACAUGCCAGCCUCGCAUGCAACAUCGUACCCUACCACAGCUGCGGGCCGCCCUGUUUGCCCGCUCGCAGUGCGCCGUGUGAUUUGACAGCAGGUCUUUGUGAGGAUGUCUGGCCAGGCAACGUGUCUAAUGCUGCCUCUUAUCCUCUAAAGCGGAUGGUACGGAGGCGCCCGACCUGGAACGCUUCACGGCCCUGGAGAGCAUCCUCAACAUCUUCGGCGGUCUUGUCCCAAAGAACCUCGUCGCGGACGCCGCCGACAACAACCUUCUGCCGGUCAUCGUCGCUUCGAUCAUCUUCGGGCUGCUGGUCAACGACAAGAAAGGCGACGGGACCCCGUCGACGACCCUCGUAUUGGUCGGCGAAGCAAACGACGUGGUGGUGAAGGUUGUGACCUUUUUGAUGGUCCUGACGCCAAUUGGAGUCUGUAGCCUGGUGUUUGCGGCGAUAAUCAAGCAUAACUUAGCAGAGACAGGAAAGAUCGUCGCUAUGUUCACGCUCUCGGUCAUCAUUGGACUAGUCUUGCAUUUCAGCGUCACCUAUCCAACCUUGAUUGCUGCCUUCGCGAAACGCAAUCCAGUCACCUACGUGGCCAACAUAGUCCCAGCACUGUUGACCGCGUUCGGGACCUCCUCGUCUGCUGCCGCACUGCCAGUGAACACGAGAUGCUGCAUCGAUCACAAUGGAAUUUCGCCGUCCAUCGCCAAGUUCGUGCUUAGCCUUGGCGCCACCAUCAACAUGGACGGGACUGGCCUGUACCUCAUCUGUGCUGGCUACUUCCUCGGCACCCUGGAGGGCGUGGAGUUCGAUUUCGGCAUGUUCGCCACGAUGGCUGUGCUGGCGAUGCUGUGCUCCUUGGGCACUGCCCCAGUUCCGAGCGCUUCGCUCGUGCUGCUCGCAACGAUCAUGACAAGCGUGGGCAUACCAGUUACGGAGAAGUUCGGUUAUAUCUACGCAGUGGAUUGGUUGCUGGACCGGUUGCGCACCGUUGUCAACGUUUCUGGAGACGCGGCGGUGACGGCCGUCAUCGACAAACAAUAUGGUGAUGGGGGUGACGACGACGGCUUGGGCGACUCUGACGGCGAGAGUAGCUCCGAUGCUGGCAAUGCUUCAUAGGGCCUAUCGCAUCGUGGGGUUUCGGCACGUGCGACAGCAUACCAUUAUGCGACCCGCGGCAAUCGCCGUUUGGCCAGGGUGCAUUUUGUCCACGCGUCGAGUUUACAGUUGCGUUGGCUAUUCUUUACGCUUCGCACAUCCCCAACAGCCUAUCCAGAAGCGAUCAGAUGGCAGCUUUUUGGGCUCAGGGUUUCCGCAACUCGCCACUGUGCUACACAUGCGGGGGUAUAUAUGUGCGCAUCCGCUGCCGUGGCUCGGCCGCGAGCCGAUCUGCGCGCGUUUCAAAACGGUUUAAAAAGGGUGCCUGCACAGCGGGGCUGCGUAGAGCCUGCAGGGCCCAGGAUGGCCCUGGCAGGGAGCGGCGGAGCCCUCCGGCUCCCUGCGGCCGCACCUGUCGCCCAGACUCGACGCUGCCGCGGGCCCUACGGUCGUGCCGCUCGCGGCGCGCGCUCGAGGCGAAAAGGGGGGGCGGCGAGAGGCGCCCCCCGUGCGAGGCGCGGCGCGGGGCCCCCGCGGGCCCGCGGCGCCGCG